AAGUGAAUAAUCCAAAUGCAGUGGCAUCCAAGGGACUUGUUAGCUUCUGCUAUUUCAAGUGCAAUAUACUCAUGUGAUGGUUUGGCCAUCUUCACUGGAUUUUGUGACGGUGCUGUUGGGAUCUUUAAUGCUGAUAAUUUAAGCCUUCGAUGUCGAAUAGCUCCAUCCGCUUACAUAUCUUCACCAAUUUCCAGUAGCAAUGGCAAUACCUUCCCCGUGGUGAUUGCUGCACAUCCAUCUGAUCCAAACCAGUUUGCCCUCGGCAUGAGUGAUGGCGCAGUUUAUGUGAUGGAGCCAUCAGAUGCAGAGAUGAAAUGGGGUGGAUCGACCUCUCAAGACAAUGGGGUUUUACCUUCGAUUGCUUCAAGUUCUGCAUUGAAUAGUCAGCCAUCUGAAACACCUUCGAGGUGAUUUUGAAGAGUGUCUCAAGAGAGAAACCAAGGUUUAACAUACAUGUCUUUUAUGGCCUAUUAUUGUAAAGUUUAUAUAAUCUUCUCUCUUUUUCUCCUGCCCUUUUUAGAGUAUAAUAUGAGAGAGGUCUUUGUACAUUGUUUGGUUACUUGGGCCAUUGCUGCACUUUCAUAGUUUAUUUUUGACUUCAUGCUUCUAAUUAAAUUUAUAGACGCUGCAUAUUAUUCUGCUAA